CAGUGUCAUAUGCAUCUCUCGUAUCGCUAGGUGUAAGCUUGGAUUCUCUCCUCGUUGCGGGAACCCUCCUUGUGGCGCCGAGGAUUGAUGCCAAUCGACCCAGGUAACUGUGAUCGCAUUUGAGAUGGACCAAGAUCCCAGCGAAAGAAACGCCACUCUCCUCGAAAACCGGAGCUCGAGACACUUCCGGUUUUGCAUUGACAGGGGUGGAACUUUCACCGACGUCUACGCGGAAGUUCCGGGUGAGUGUGGUUUCAAGGCGAUAAAGCUCCUCUCGGUGGAUCCGGGCAACUAUGACGAUGCUCCCAGGGAAGGAAUCCGGAGAAUUCUCGAGGAGUUCACAGGAAAAAAGAUCCCCAGGUCGGAGAAAAUUCCCACCGAGAACAUCGACUGGAUCCGCAUGGGAACGACAGUGGCUACAAACGCUUUGCUCGAGAGGAAGGGAGAAAGAACUGCGCUGUGUGUCACCAAAGGCUUUCGAGAUCUCCUCCGGAUUGGAAACCAAGCACGGCCGAGUAUUUUCGAUCUCACGGCCUCCAAGCCGUCACCUUUGUAUGAAGAAGUGGUGGAAGCCGAGGAGCGAGUGAGGCUGGCGCUGGAAAACGAUGCUCUAGCCGACGAGAAAGUGGAAGUCGUGCAAGGGAUCUCCGGAGAGCUCGUGGAGAUUUUCAGGCCUCUGGAUCUGGAAGCUCUGAGGCCAUCGCUGGAGGGGCUGCUCGAGCAAGGGAUCCAGAGCUUGGCGGUGGUGUUUCUACACUCCUAUAUCUUCCCAAGGCACGAGCAGCAAGUGGAGAAGCUGGCCAAGUCGAUGGGUUUCAAGCAAGUUUCGCUGUCCUCGGCAUUGGUUCCAAUGGUUCGUGCUGUUCCUCGAGGCCACACUGCGACAGUGGACGCGUACCUCACUCCCGUGAUCAAGGACUACUUGGCUGGAUUCCUCUCCGGUUUUGACGAUGGUCUCGACAAAGUUAUCGUCUCGUUCAUGCAGUCCGAUGGAGGACUCACUCCGGAGAGCCGGUUCUCGGGGCACAAGGCCAUCCUCUCGGGCCCGGCUGGAGGAGUGGUCGGCUACGCGAAAACUACUUUCGGACUGGAGACUCACCGGCCCUUGAUCGGCUUCGACAUGGGAGGAACUUCCACGGACGUGAGCCGAUAUGCCGGACACUACGAGCAAGUUUUGGAGACACAGACCGCCGGAGUGAUCAUCCAAGCUCCACAGUUGGAUAUCAACACCGUGGCUGCCGGAGGCGGCUCCAAGCUCAAGUUCCAAGUUGGUGUUUUCAAGGUUGGCCCCGAGUCCGUUGGAGCUCAUCCGGGACCUGUGUGCUACAGGAAAGGUGGCCAACUUUCGGUCACGGACGCCAACUUGGUGCUCGGCCGGGUGAUCCCGGACUACUUUCCAUCCAUCUUUGGGCCUCGCGAGGACGAGCCGCUCGAUCUGGAAGCCGCAAAGGUGGCUUUCAAAACUUUGGCGGACGAGGUGAACGAGUACCGGCGGCAAGCGGACGAGAGCUCGGUGGAGAUGAGCAUCGAGCAGGUGGCGCUGGGAUUUCUCGACGUAGCGAACGAAGCGAUGUGUCGGCCGAUCCGCCAGCUUACGGAGAUGAAAGGAUACGAGACGAGCCAGCACGCGUUGGCUUGCUUUGGAGGAGCGGGGCCGCAGCACGCUUGCGCCAUCGCCAAAGCUCUGGGAAUACGUGAGGUUGUGGUGCACAGGUACUGCGGGAUCUUGAGUGCCUAUGGCAUGGGACUUGCGGACGUUGUGGAAGACGCACAGGAGCCUUACGCUGCUACUUACGGACUGGAAGUCAUGGCCGAGGUGUCCAAACGAGCUCGAGCUUUAGCUCAGCACGUAACUCGGGAGCUCAAGGCUCAAAACUUUCGCGACCAGGAUAUCUCCACCGACUUGUUCCUCAACUUGCGAUACGAAGGCACCGACACGACCAUCAUGAUCGCCGAGCCCGAGGACGGGGACUUUGGAAAGGCCUUCGUCCGCGAGUUUCGUCGGGAGUAUGGAUUCGAGCUGCUCAACCGGAAGAUCCUCAUCAGCGACGUAAGAGUUCGCGGUACCGGGAUGAGCAACAUUUUGAAGCCUUUGCUUCUGGACAAAGCUGACAGUGGCGAUCCUCUAGCGGAGGAUAGGAAGCACAGAGUUUACUUUGGAACCGGCUGGCACGACACUCGAGUAUACUUGCUAGAGAAGCUUGGCUAUGGUCACGAGCUGCCAGGGCCUUGCAUCGUCAUGAAUGGGAACAGCACCAUCGUCGUGGAGCCGAACAGCAAAGCCUUCAUCACAAAGCAUGGAAAUAUCAAGAUAGAGGUCGGGACGAGCGCAGCAAGCUCUGAUGAUCAUCCAUCACCCAAGGUUGAUACGAAGCUCGACGUGAUCCAGCUCUCCAUCUUCAACAACAGGUUCAUGGGAAUCGCCGAGCAGAUGGGAAGAACACUCCAGCGAACUUCCAUCUCCACAAACAUCAAGGAGAGGCUGGAUUUCUCAUGCGCUCUCUUCAGUCCAACGGGGGGCCUGGUUGCAAACGCUCCACACGUACCCGUGCACCUGGGAGCCAUGUCCAGCACGGUACAAUGGCAGCUCGAGUUCUGGCGUGACAACUUGCGAGAAGGCGACGUGCUCGUCACAAACCAUCCAGCCGCCGGUGGAAGCCAUCUUCCAGACAUUACCGUCGUCACCCCGGUUUUCCGAGAUGGCAAGAUCAUCUUCUUCGUCGCCAGCCGCGGACACCACGCAGAGAUCGGUGGGAUCACCCCCGGAAGCAUGCCACCUUUCUCGAAGACGAUCCGGGAGGAGGGAGCGGCGAUCAAAGCGUUCAAGCUGGUGGAAGGAGGCGUGUUUCAGGAAGAUGGCAUUGUCAAGAUCCUCAAGGCGAAGACUCUCGACGACGGAGAAACGGAUACUAUCAUCCCCGGGACGAGAAAACUCGAGGACAACCUCUCCGACUUGCGAGCACAGGUUGCGGCAAACCAACGAGGAAUCGGGCUCAUAGCCGAGCUUAUCGACGAGUAUGGACUGGAAGUUGUGCAAGCGUACAUGGGACACGUCCAGGCCAACGCCGAGGCCGCGGUGCGCGAGAUGCUAAAGUCCGUGGCGGCGAAACACUCACACAAGCGAAGAGAGGAUCACGAUCACUCGCUGGUGGUGCUCGAGGCCGAGGACUACAUGGACGACGGCUCCACGAUCAAGCUGGAGCUCACCAUCGACUCCAAGCUCGGCCAAGCACGCUUCGACUUCGCUGGAACCAGUCCGGAAGUUUAUGGAAACUGGAACGCUCCCGAGGCCGUGACCGCCGCCGCGGUGAUCUACUGCCUGCGCUGCCUGGUGGACGUGGACAUUCCCUUGAACCAGGGGUGUCUAGCUCCGGUCUCCAUCGCCAUCCCGAAAGGAUCGUUUCUAUCGCCCAGUGACAAGGCCGCGGUGGUGGGAGGCAACGUUUUGACGUCGCAGAGGGUGACGGACGUGGUUCUCUCGGCCUUCGAGGCGUGUGCGUGCUCGCAAGGAUGCAUGAACAACCUCACGUUUGGAGACGAGAGCUUUGGAUACUACGAGACGAUCGCGGGUGGAAGUGGAGCCGGGCCGGGUUGGAGUGGAAGCAGCGGCGUCCAGUGUCAUAUGACCAACACCAGGAUGACCGACGCCGAGAUUUUCGAGCAGCGGUAUCCGGUGCUGCUGCGGGGAUUUGGAUUGAGGGAGGGGAGUGGAGGUAGUGGAGAGUUUCGGGGUGGCGAUGGAGUGGUGCGUGAGAUCGAGUUCCGGAGGGGCGUGACGGUGAGUGUUUUGUCCGAGAGGAGAGUGCAUGCUCCGCGGGGGUUGUGCGGCGGAGGGAAUGGAGCUCGCGGGGUGAACUUGGUGCUGAGGAAGGAUGGGAGGUGUGUCAACCUUGGAGGGAAGAACACUGUGCGUGUGGAGGCUGGGGAGGUGCUGAGGAUUCUCACGCCUGGAGGUGGUGGCUAUGGUGGAGCUCCAUAGAGAGCUAUUUUUUGCAAAGCCACCGUUCGCAAUCUCUCGCUGGACGUGCUUGCUCUCCACAAACUGUUGGAACUUUUGAGACGAUCUCUAGAUAACUGGUAAGCAUAUCCUGCGUUUUGUUUGUCUGGUUGGUGGUGUAGCUGAAAUAAAAAGGAUGAGAAAGUUGGCUCUA